AGCAUCGAACGCUGCCGCUCUCCACCCCGCCACUGCCCGUUAGCCCGAAGAGAGGCGGGCACCCCGUGGGCGGGGGUCCCAGGUGGGCUCCCUCACUCCAGAGGCGGAUGGAUAGCCGGGGAGUUGUGAAUGGCACCCCAGCAGCUGCAGGAUCACCAACCGGACACCACCAGACCUCGCCGACAGACAGCCCAGUGCAUGAAGCCGCCCGACUGCAAGUGGCAACACCGCCAACUAACCAGCUAUCCCAUGAUGCUCUAGCACCUGGCCGCAAAAUGGUGGCCGGGAAUGGUGGGGACGCGAGCGAUGGCCAAUCACCUCACAGCAAUCUGAGCCCCAAUGCUAUGUCUAGACAUAAUGGGAUAAUGCUGGAUGGUUUAAGCCAAACUAAUAACCUGGUGUUUAAUCUCAAUGCGACUAAUGGUGCGCCGGUUCCUUCCGCUGCUGGUAUGGGGGCUGUGCUCUAUCUACUAACCUCUACUAAGGCCCCAGCGCAGCUCAGUGCUUUGCAACCUCGCUCCGGCUGGACUGCAACCGUCUCUGCACCGCUCGGACCCUCCAACUGCACUCGGCUGCCCCCUGCCUUGGACUUCUGCCGCAAGCUGGGCCACUGGGGCACUCGGCUGCCCACUCACCCCCAGCGGCCCAGCGCUGCCGAGCUUCAGCACGUCCUGACCGGUUCGGGCCACCUCCUGUCCUCCCGCUGCCACCCAGCCCUGGAGACUUUCAUCUGCCUCCUGCUGGCAUCGAGGUGCGACCCCCCUACCCACCCGCUUCCCUGCCGUGGCUCCUGCGAGUCACUGCGGGAUACCUGCUGGGCCGUGUUAGCGGGCAGGGGUCUCCAGUUGCCCUGUGGCUCACUCCCUGACGAAGACGAAGGGUAUGGGUGCCUGUCCCUCAGUAAUAGCCGAGAUGAUGCCAACUCUGUGUCUCUGCUCCAGUUGAUAGGAGACCCUCCUCCUCAAAAGAUAACCAUCAUGUACGAUACUGACCAGGAACCAUUCUACCACUUUGGGCCAGAUGUGAACACCGGCCAACAGGCUAAAGCCCACUUCCAAAACCCCUUCUUCCGUGACUUCUCGCUGCUCUUCACAAUAAAGCCGACAUCCACGAGAAGCGGCGUCCUGUUUGCCAUCACCGAUGCCAGGCAGAUUAUCAUCUACGUGGGGGCGAAGCUCUCGGAGGUCCAGAAUGGACGUCAGAAGAUCAUUUUCUACUACACCGAGCCUGGAUCACAACAUUCCAAUGAGGCAGCCAGUUUCUUGGUGGAGCAGCUGACCAACAAGUGGACCAAGAUCGCCAUAAGCGUGAUAGAUGACCGGGUUACCCUCUUCUUGAACUGCAAGGAAUACAGAACCAUUCUAUUUGAAAGGUCGCCGGACAAAAUGGAGAUCGAUGACUCCUCCGGCGUCUUUGUUGCCCUGGCUGGUGGUGCAGAUCCAGAUAAGUUUCUGGGUUUCAUUAAAGAUCUGAAGAUAAAGGAAGAUCCUCAGGCAGCAGUUUACUACUGUGACGAAGACGAUGAUGGAGAGGCUUCUGGUGAUUUUGGAAGUGGAUCUGGAAGAGGAAUUCAAAUGGUGACCCCUCCUUCCUAUCAACCUCCGGAGCACCCACCCAUUCACCCUCCUCCCACUGGCAGAGAGACACCCCUGCCACUGCGACCUGCCGAGGAGACCAGCAAAUGGACAGCCGUACACGCUACAGGAGGAGCAGGUGAGAGGAGGGGCCAGGGGACACUUGGCUCGAAGGAGGACAGCGGAUUGAGCGUUGGUGUGGCCACCGCAACCAAAGGAAUGAAGGGUGAAAUGGGUCAUCCUGGGGAAAAGGGCUCCGCUGGAUUCGGAUAUCAAGGACCCAAGGGAGAGAAAGGAGACUCAGGUGCCCCGGGGGCUCCUGGUCCCCUCGCAACCAUCCGGGAACGGGGCGAUGGCGUUGCAGUGGAGCAGAAAUUUGGCCUCCCAGGUCCUUCAGGGCCCCCUGGACUUCCCGGAAGAGAUGGGGAGCCGGGUGAUCCUGGUGAAGAUGGGAAAUCGGGCGAGAUUGGUCCUCAAGGUUUCCCAGGAGCUCCCGGUGACCAAGGUCCUAGAGGAGAUAAGGGUGACCCAGGGAUUGGAAUCGAAGGACCAAGGGGACCUCCCGGCUCCCCUGGACCCCCCGGCCCCUCUUCCAGGGCUGACAAACUCACCUUUAUCGACAUGGAAGGAUCGGGAUUGGAAAGUGACGCGGAAUUUCAUCGGGGUUUGCCAGGACCCCGUGGACCUCCUGGUGUUCCUGGGCUCCCAGGACGGCCUGGUGUGUUUGGUAUGAAUAGCACAGGGCUGCCUGGAUCUCCCGGUAUGCCGGGAAUACCAGGAGCAUCCGGGACACCAGGGCCAAUGGGCCCCCCCGGUCUACCAGGAAGACCUGGCCAGUUCGGCACACCGGGCGAGAGAGGACUGCCGGGCGACCCUGGUGAUUUGGGUCUUCCAGGAGCUCAAGGUGCCACGGGAUCCCCUGGCAGUGCUGGAUCUCCGGGUCAGACUGGUUUAGCCGGAUUGCCUGGACCGAUGGGACCUCGAGGACCCCCCGGCCCUCCCGGACCACCCACCUCCGGCCACCCCAGUGGAUUUGAUGAUGCGGAAAGUUCCGGAUCUCCAAUAUUUCCGGGUGUACCAGGGCAUCGAGGGUUGGAAGGAGCUCAGGGAUUACCAGGAAUACCUGGGCAACCUGGAGUUCCUGGACAAAGGGGUGAACUGGGCUUCAAAGGAGACCAGGGAAUUCCAGGAGAAACGGGGUUGAAGGGAUUACCUGGCCCUCAGGGUCCAAAGGGUAUUAAUGGAGAUCCAGGCAUGAAGGGCGAGGCUGGCAGAGAUGGCGUGGGAUUGCCAGGCCCACCUGGUCCUCCGGGAUAUGUAUACGGCAGUGGUAACACGGUUGAUGGGCUUUCUUCAGUCGUGUCUGGAGGAGAGGGUCCCAGUGGUCCAAAAGGUGACCAGGGAGAUGCAGGGCGUUCAGGACCAGUUGGGCCAAAGGGCGAUAAAGGAGAGGCAGGUUACAUCAACAGCCUCGAUGAAGCCAUGUUGACCAACUUGCUCUCUGCAAGCAUCGACCUGAAGGGUGGUCCUGGUAUUCCUGGACCCAUGGGCCCACAGGGCAUCACAGGAUAUCCAGGUCGGAAAGGCGAAAUUGGUUUUCCAGGAAGACCGGGUCGUCCUGGGAUAAAUGGACUGAAAGGGGAGAAGGGUGAUGGAGGAGAUUAUAGCAGCAGUUAUGGAUUCCGGAGUAUUCCUGGCCCUCCGGGACCCCCUGGACCUCCCGGAACCCCUGGGCUACCGGCAUCAUCCUUUGACAACAACGUGUUUGGUGCAGGAGCUGCCCCCUACCCUGGACUUCUCGGACAACCAGGUUCAAAAGGAGAGCGUGGCAGCCCAGGUUACCCGGGUCCCCAAGGGGGCAAAGGGGAAGCGGGUCAGCCCGGAACACCAGGCCCACCCGGGAUCGUUCCUUACGAUGUGUAUGAUAUUCACUCUGCAAACAGGAGGGAGAAGGGAGACCGAGGCAAUGCGGGGCAGAAGGGAGAGAAGGGAGCAUCGAGCAACGGCUAUGGCUCGGGUAUACCCGGGCCUGCAGGACCUCCUGGAUCUUCAGGACGACCAGGGCUUCAGGGGCCAAAAGGAGAGAGUAUUGUUGGACCCAGAGGCCUGCCAGGCAACCCAGGACCCCCAGGUUACAGCUACCCAGGAACUCCCGGCCCCCCAGGACUGCCUGGUGUAGCUGGCCUGCCAGCAUCAGGUGUAUCACCAGACCAACCGUCAACAAGUUUUGUCGGCCCACCUGGUCCCCCCGGACCCCCAGGACCGGCAACCUCAGCGUCUGGGGUUACCGUCCUACAGACCUACCAAAUGAUGCUCAGCAUCUCUCGAAAUCUACACGAGGGAACACUGGCUUACAUCAUGGAACGCGGAGAGCUGUAUGUCCGAGUGAGAGAGGGCUGGCGGCAGGUUUAUCUUGGAGAGUAUAUUCCUUACCUUGGGGGUGGAAUCCUUGAAAACAAAGUGGAGGCGGUGGGAUCCCCGCCAGUGGUGCAGUAUUCUGGACAGCGGGAAUCUGAGCCAAGUUCAGAUCGAGUGGUUUCCACGGACUUGGGUUCUCCUGAGAACCGCAACCACGAGCCGGAACGACGGACGGAGAGCCAACCGCGCCGGCAGCCAGAGGUGCCGCAACCACUCCGUCCCCACCACCAGCCGAGAAGGCCAGCAACCACCCACCCUCCUCGCUCAGCUGGAACUCAGAGGGGGAACCAGCACGGCAUCUCCCACCUACCCCACGUCAUUCCUCCCGUCCAUGCCGGCCGACUGCACGGGGUGCCAAUGUUGCAUCUCAUGGCUCUCAACACGCCCCUCACAGGCAACAUGCAGGGGAUCCGUGGGGUGGACUUCCAAUGUUUCCAGCAGGCGCGUGCAGUGGGUCUGAUGGGCACAUUCAGGGGCUUCCUCUCGUCCCGGCUGCAGGACCUGUAUAGUGUGGUUCGCCGCGCUGACAGAAUCUCGGUGCCCAUUGUCAACGGCAAGGGGGAGGUGCUGUUCGAUAGCUGGAGUUCACUCUUCACCGGAUCUGGAGCUCCUUUCAAAUCUUCCGCCAUCUACUCCUUCGACGGACGAGAUGUGCUUCGAGACCAGGCCUGGCCUGAGAAGUUGAUCUGGCAUGGGUCAGACUCCAAGGGACGACGCCAGGCGGACAGCUACUGUGAGGCCUGGAGAGAUGAUAAGGGCAGUGGCAAGGGUAUGGCUUCUUCCCUGCUCAGCAGCCGGCUCCUGGAGCAGCGCUCCAGCCCCUGUUCCAGCCCCUUCAUCAUCCUCUGCAUCGAGAACAGCUACCUGCCGCACUCCCGGAAGUAACGCCUCUCACCUCCCUGCCCCCCGGAGAAAGUCUGGCGGCAAAAACACAUUUUCUGUACAGUUGUAAUUUUUUUUUGAAACAAAUUCUUUUUUAAAAAAAAAGAUGGAAGAAAAUGAAAAAGCCAAAGAGGUCGGUUUUAUCAAACAAAUAUUAAAAUGCCGCUCACGGUGGUUUCCCAGCAUGCACUGGAUGUUUCCUUGAGGUGCCCUGAUGUUGCAAGUGUCCAGUGUGAACAUGUAACAAUCUAUAUAUUUGUAUGUGGAAUGUUUGUGCAAGCCAAUGUAUUUUUUAACUUGCUGCUUCUGAAAGUUAGUCUUAAUCAGAUUCCUUUUCUAAUGCAUUCCUUUCAAAUAGAACGAGUUGUCCUGCAACUUUAGGCUGUGCACGCCAUACGCAAAAAUAAGAAGAUACAUUCCUUUUUGCAGACUCAUACAGUCUUUUUACACCAUCAUGCUCAGUUGUAUGUAGAACUACACAGUUGUAUGUAGACUGGUCUAGGCUACACCUUAGUCAUUUGGAAAUUGAAAUCAUCACAAAUGUGUAUGCAUUGCAUACACAUAAAUAUGCACACACAUACGUAAUAGAUAAUACACAGCAUUAACGAUGUCUAUGUGCUUGGACCCGCUUUCCCCAUCUCAUCUAUGUGGGACUUACAGGGGCUUCAUGAGUUCUCAGAGAAAGACAGAGAGAGACCCUGAAGUGUACCCCGCUUCAUUGAUCUCACCUUCCUGGCAUUGGGGUGCAGUUGGCCGUCCUAGAGUUGGAAGAUUAGUAGAAGACAUUAGAAGAGAGGAGAGGAGAGGACCACAAAGUUCAUUCAGUCCAUCUCAGCCCCCAUUCAUUCCCAGCAAUCCAUCCAUCAGUACACCAGGCCUUACCUUCAACAACCGAGGAACCAUUGACUUUGUCAAUGAGAAGUUGAUCUGGCGUGGGUCGGACUCCAAGGGACGGCACCAUGUGGACAGCUACUGUGAGGCAUCGAGAGAUGGUAAGGGCAGCGGCAAGGGUAUGGCUUCUUCCCUGCUCAGCGGCCAGCUCCUGGAGCAGCGCUCCAGCCCCUUCAUCAUCCUUUAUAACUUUACAUGUCGACUGCAGUCGAUGCUCUCAGCCUGAUUAACCCACUUUGGAAACUACUUUUGUCCCACCGACAGGGUUAGUUAAAUACUGAAGUCAGGUUACUGUGUCACUGAACACAGUGCAUGGUGCUUGCUCCAGCCGUAGGCCGAAUCUCCCUUCAUCUUCACUACUAUGAAAGAUGUUGAGAAGCAAGCUUGCACUGGCAAAACAAAAGCCGUCCAUUAUUUUGUAAAAGAGGGCACUCCAUGAGCAAAUACUUCCCCGACCAAUACUUUCUUGCUGAUCGAUUUCUUCAACACUCGACCAAAUGCUCCACCUUGCUGUAUAGCUUAACCAGGUAACAUUGUGAAGGGUGCAUUUGAUUAGUGGUCAGGAAGGAGAUUGGAAGUCCAUGUUGACUGAUCCCUGCUUGGUUACCUUGGCCUAAUAGCAAGAUAGCUAAUUUAGUUUGUGGUAUACCGGGAGGCAGAUCACAUGACCUGCAACUUCUACUCAUUUGGCCUACUCGCUCCACAUUGCUCCCAUUAGCCAUUAAACCAUACCCAUGGUAGAGCAAUCAGAAAGCAAAUAGACUCCACAUUACCCAAUUGGACAUUGCUUCAGUGGUUAUUAUUCAAUUCUUUUGCAUUUUUAUAUUCAAUAAAAGUUUUUUAACAAAGUACAUACCAUUAUUUUUUAACUUUCCUCCAAAGGCAAAACAUUGAGUUCCCUCCUUAAUUCUUGAAGUCCUCAGACAAUCCUGGAAGGUUGGCUUUUCUGUUCACUCAGAGCUUAAGUCAAUCUGGCAGAAAGUGCUGGGGUGGGUGUGUUUGCUCAUCUCCAUUUCAGCUUUAGUUCUCUUCCAAUAUCCACAAGCCAUCCUUGGUUAAACCAUUGAAUGUUUACUUAUAUGUGUGUGUACGUAACUGCAUUACACAUUGGCACCAGAGAAUUGAAAACCUGAUUACUUUGGAAAGCCUGGCAAUAUAUAUGCUCAUUUGUGAUGUUGUUUUGUGCAAUUUGAGUAUUUUUUUUAUACUGCCUCGGUUUCAUACUCCCUCCAAGGACCACUGAUAAUAUGUUACCAACUUUGCCUGUUGGUGUCAAUGACAAAGAGUGAUACUUAACCUGCUGAAAACUUACAUGAAGGACCAAUUAACACGCCAAAGGUCUCCCCUAAUGUGUUGAUGCAAACUUUAAACUCUUGGAGUCUGCACUACAUUUCAUGUCAAAACGUGAAAGUGCUAUGAUUAAAGCCGGUGAACGUGUGCUGCACAUUGUGUAGCUUUCUGUAACCUUGAAGCAUUCCAAACACUUCUCACAGAAUACUGAAUAAAGAUUAUAAAGUCCUCUUUAAAAUCA